GUCAAAAUCCCGUUCGUUUUUUUUUUUUUUUUGUUUUUAAAUUUUUAUCUCAUGGGGGUCACUUAUUAGAUCUCCCAUUUCUAGGUUUCUGAUUAUUUUUCUUGGAUUUUUUUGUAUUCAAGGCAUUUGGCGGGUUUUUGGCUUUUUGCAUCGAUUUCUAUUCGAAUCGGGGCUUGUUCGUUUUAAUUUCUGUGUAAUUUUGUCUUUUUUUUGUAAACCCAAUUGGAGGAAAAAGAUGCUGAUUUAUUGAAUUGAGAUUCUUGUACAAAUUUAGAUAAUCGCUUAAAUCGUGGGGAAUUAUAAGUAGAAACCGAGUCAGAGCUGGGAGUGGAAGAUGGAGGGAAAUUCCGGCGGGGGUGGAGUGGGAAUUGGGGGAACGACGGCGGGUGGCGUGGCGGCGGGAGGAGGGGCUGGUGGUGGCGGAGGGAAUGACGUGGAGUUGAUGUGCAAAACACUGCAGGUGGAACACAAGCUGUUUUACUUCGAUCUGAAGGAGAAUCCCAGAGGUCGAUAUCUGAAGAUUUCAGAGAAAACAUCGGCUACAAGGUCAACGAUCAUUGUUCCUUUCUCUGGGAUUCCAUGGUUCUUAGAUCUCUUCAAUUACUAUAUCAAUUCUGAUGAUCCGGAAGUUUUUAGCAAGGAAUUGCAGCUGGACACAAAGGUGUUUUACUUUGACAUUGGCGAGAAUAGGAGGGGUCGUUUCUUGAAGGUAUCUGAAGCUUCAGUUAGUAGAAACCGCAGCACCAUUAUUGUUCCUGCCGGAAGCAACCGGGAUGAGGGAUGGUCUGCAUUUAGAAACAUCUUGGCAGAGAUCAAUGAAGCAUCUAGGCUUUUCAUACUGCCCAAUCAGGAAAAUUCUGAACAUUCAGAACGUCUCGCCGGACUUUCGGAUGAUGUAGGAGCAGGCUUCAUAUCAGGUCAUAGUAGUCAAUCUGGGCCAACCUCUGACUUGAAUGUAGAUAGACAAGUAGACUUGUCAGCUCAAGAUGAAAUGGGGAAUCUGGGUGUUUCAAAGGUUAUCCGAGCUGAUCAAAAGAGAUUCUUUUUCGAUCUUGGAAGUAACAACCGGGGUCAUUUCUUGAGGAUUUCUGAGGUUGCAGGGGCAGAUCGUUCUUCAAUCAUUCUCCCAUUGUCAGGUCUUAAGCAGUUCUAUGAAAUAGUAGGACAUUUUGUGGAGAUCACCAAAGACAGGAUUGAAGGAAUGACAGGUGUGAAUGUCCGAACUGUGGAUCCACCUCAGAGAUGAACGAUAUGGGCUCCAGGGGUUUGUGUUUAUUCCUUUUAGUGUUUGUGCAGAGCUACACGCACGCAGGUGUUCAAGUAGGGUUCAAAUUUGUGGUCAGUGUGGUUGUUUGAUAUUUUCCUGUCUUGAUUUUCUAGUUCAAGUCUGAAUAAUCCAUCCUGCUAGAGAUUAGCAGAGGGUAUGGAAAAUGCUUGAGAAGCUUAAUUAUUCUUCUUCCAUGAAUAACAAGAUAUAAAAAGAUAGAGGGGAAAGAGAGAUAUGGCUUGUAAUUGUCACUUUAUAAUAAUGGUGAGUUCAGGUGUGUUUUGUUCAUUUCAUUUCCUGUAGUUACUAACGAUUUUCACUUCCAUUUCCAGCCUUUCUGCUUUCAUCCCAAUAAUUAUUUUUGGAUUGAGUUCAACAAUUUAUGGAGAUGAAACUUCGAACCACUUACCUUUCGUAUGGGUAUGUAUGUCUUAUUUAGUUAUGUUAGUAAAGUGUUUGUCAUUGAUUG